AUGCUGUUUGCGUUCUUGGAUGGCUACUCCAUUGGUGCCAAUGACGUCGCCAACUCUUUCGCGACUUCGGUGGGCUCGCGGUCCAUCACGCUGGCGCAGGCUGUCUUCAUUGCGAUAUUCACGGAGUUCGGUGGAGCGAUAGCGCUGGGCGCGACCACAACGAAGACUGUGAAGGAUGGCAUAAUAAAGACCGCCAACUUCAACUCGCGUCCAGAUUUGCUGAUGUCGGGCUUUCUGUGUGCUCUGGUGUCAUCCUCGUCGUGGGUCAUGUUCGCAACGUACAUGGGCUGGCCCGUCUCAACCACACAUUCGAUCAUUGGAGCGCUCAUCGGCGUAGGCAUCAGCGGCUACGGCUUUGAUUCUGUUAACUGGGGUUGGGACGGAAAGGGUGUUGCGCAGAUCGUGACAUCGUGGUUCGUGUCUCCGAUCCUUGCGGGCAUAAUUGCGGCUGUGAUCUAUCUAAUCACACUGCAUGUGGUCAUGAAGAGCAAGAACUCCCUCAAGAGGGGUAUUUGGGCUAUUCCCGUAUAUUUCACCAUAACCACUUUCAUAGUCUCCUUCUAUGUUGUGUCGAAGAAUGGCCAAACCACCUUGGAGAUCAAGCCGAAGUCGACGGGGGGAAGCCUCCAGAUGACAGGAAACGUCGGUCUGGCGUUCGGCAUCAUCGGCGCUAUAACCGGGGCUAUGCUGAUCUUCUGCGCCGGCUUCCUGGUGCCGUACUUCAUCCGCCGGCUACAGAACGAGGAGACGCUCAAGUGGUACCACAUCUUCAUCAUCCACUGCACGCCCACACAGCCUCAAGACCCCAAGAUCGACCUGUGGCUCAAGCGCGCGUUCACGCCGCAUCUGCUGCAGGACGACGAGAAGCGCGAGCUGGGCAUGGAGGUGGACGACGCGGAGGACGGCUCCAAGGACGAGCUCGCGAGGCCGCCGUCGAAGAACCUGGCAGUGCGCGCGUUCAACAAGGUGAAGCUGCUGCUGUACCGCUCCGUCUUCAUGGACGUGGCGACGGUGCAGAAGGACAACCACGGCGCCGCGCAGGCGCAGGAGGUGGCCGUGGUGUACGACAACAAGACGGAGUACCUCUACUCGCUGCUGCAAGUCGUCACAGCGUCCUUCGCCUCCUUCUCCCACGGCUCCAACGAUGUCGCCAAUGCCCUCGGCCCCCUGGCUGGCGUCUAUCAGAUAUGGAGCGAAGGCUACUUCAGCACCACAGCCGAAGUGCCACGGUGGAUGCUCGCGUACUCGGGCAUUGCUAUCGACUUCGGCCUCGCCCUCUAUGGCUACAACAUCAUGCGCAAUCUCGGCAACAACCUCACGUACCAGUCACCCUCGCGCGGAUUCUGCAUGGAGCUGGGAGCGGCCCUCUCUGUCAUCACGGCCUCGUUCCUGGCGCUGCCUGUUUCCACCACGCAAUGCAUCGUCGGCUCCACUGUGGCUGUAGGUCUGUGCCAUGGCAAUUGGCGCGCCAUCAACUGGGCAAUGGUUGCUGUAGCUGGGUUCAGUUGGCUGCUGACAUUACCUCUGGCAGCAACUGUUGCUGGGCUGUUGUAUGCCAUCCUCACCCGCGGCCCUAGCUUCACCCUGCCUCCUGGUAUGAGCUAA